UCAACCGAAGCCCCAGAUCGGUGAGGUCGCAAGUUUCCCACAUUCGAGUCCUACUAUCUUAACCAGCUCAGAAUGCUCAUUAAACUGAUACUGGCGUUGGUAAUUGGCUAUGGCGGCAUUUUUGCGCCUGGCAGUGCACAAAAUCUGUUGGAUCGACUGCGUCCGGUGAAUAUGACCCGCUUCGAUGAUGGCAUAAAGGUGGUCUCCGGCACCAAAGUGAAGCGGUACGAACGGCUGACGGUUCCGCUGGGAGGUCCUGUGGGCAUUCCAGGACCAGCUGGGCUUCUGGGACCCCUACUGCCACCGCAGCCAUCGUAUUUGGGAUACACCUAUCAGUUGGUGCCUCAAUGGCAGGCGGGUGCCAAACUGGUGGGCGAUGGGGAAGGAGCGGGCGUGGCCGGAAUGGUAUCCUUUGUACAGCUGCCCUACAACUCGGACAUUAGGGUGACGAUCAAUGUGACUGGAUUGCCGCCCGGCAAACAUGCCCUGCAUAUUCACACCUUCGGAGAUCUCAGCGAUGGUUGCAAGUCCACUGGCGGGCAGUUUCCCAAUAACUUUCUCGGUAAUGUGGACACCAAGGAUGAUGGCAGCAUCUCGGCGGUCUUCCAGAGCAUUUACCUGCAAUUGUUUGGCAUCAAUGGCAUCGUGGGACGUUCCAUAGUGAUACACAGCAAGCCCAUCGAUCUGAAUACCGCCCUGAAUGCAGAGGUCUUCUCCUCCUCCCUGCAGGCUAUGCCAAAUCCGCUGGCCUAUCAGAACGAGGAGAACUCACUGGGUGCUGCCAUCGCCUGUGGGGUUAUUAGUCUUAUGAGCACAGCAGCCAGUGCGUCGGGUAUGACAACAGCUGCCCCAGCAGCACCUGCAAUGGAAACCCCAGAGAUUUAA